GAAGUCGUGUCCUUUAUUCAACUAAACGAAAAAAUAGAGAAAGCUUUAGGGUUCUUAGGCUUAAUGUCGACGAUGAAACACGUAAAACAGUUUUUGAUUAUUUACGUUCUAAGGGCACUGCAGAUAUUGCUCGUUCACUUUGUUCUGCGCAGGAAAGCAAAGGAACAUUUUCUCCACAAACUUUAACCACGUUGCAUCCAUUAAUUCCUUCACCGGAAAAUUAUGAAGAUGAAUGGCGCACUGCCUGUGAACGUGCCAGCAAUUGGAUAAAUGAACAGAUUGAGGAUCCUGAACUAGAAAAGGAAUUAUACUCUGCUUGUGAACAAUAUUUAAUUCAACAAGUUGUCGAUUUCAUUAACAAAGAAGGUGGAAUUAUGGAAGAGUCCCAAGAAGAGGUCGAUGUUAUUGUAUUUCAAGUUAGCGACGAAACACGUAAAGCCGUUCAUAAAAGUCUUUGUGAUGAUGUCACAGAUGAA